UCCAGGCGCCUUUUCCCUACAAAACCCCAACCAUCCUAAUAAACAUCCCAACGAAUCCCGGAUUUCAGCCCGCCGCGGCCCUGCGGGGAUGUCGGGAUGAGGCUGGAGCCAUCCCGCCGGGCGGUUCCGGAUGCCGCGGCUGUUCCAGGCGGGAUUUGGAGCCGGGAGUGGGGUGCGGGGCCCCCCCAGAUGGGAACAGCUGGCGGCUAAUCCGGCGGGAAGAGCGGGAGGAGGAGCGGGAGGAGGAGGAGGAGGAGGAGGUCGGGGAUUAACGGCUCCGAAUGGCGGCGAAUCGGGGCCGCCCGGGGGGGGCCGAGCGGGAUUUGGCCCCCCCCAAAACCGGCCUGGGGUGGCAGCCACGGGGACAAAGCCAGCGCCGGCCGCUGUGUCCCUUCGUGCCUCAGUUUCUCCCCCGAGCUCCCCGAAAUGGGGAUCCCAAAGUCUGGAAAACAGCGAGGGACGGAGCCGGGAAACUGAGGCACGGCGGAGCAUCCAUGAACCCAUCCCGUUAUCCCGUUAUCCCGUUAUCCCGCUAUCCCGUUGUCCCGCUAUCCCGUUGUCCCGCUAUCCCAUCCCGCCGCGCCCCGCGCAGCCGCUCCCACCCCCCGCUCCCGUUUUUCCCUACCUUUGUCUUCCCGGUCAUCCUGCGGAUGAAGCUGAGGGUCCUGUCCAGGGGGGUCCCUUCCCGGCCCGGGGGGGUCCCCACCUCCCCCGCCAGCCGCUCGCCGCUCCCGGCGCUGCAGGAGGAGGAUCCCGCUGGACAAUCCCGCUGGACAAACCCGCUGGACAAUCCCGCUCUGUCCCCGCCGGGAACGGGGAGGAGCGUGCGUGUCCCCUCCCCGCUCCCAGCUGGGCCACCACAGAGCCCCCUCUGUCCCCCCCCCGAGCCCCCUCUGUCCCCUUCUGGGCCCCCCCCCGUGUCUCUGCCCCUCGAUUUGGGGAGCGGGGAGGGGGUCGCGGGUUUUGGGGGGGGCAGCCCCGAGUUUGGGGGGGGGUUUCCUCCUGUCCUGGGUGGUCCUGGUUCCUUGGGGACACCCUCAGAGGGGGACAAAGCUCCCUUGGAGGGGCCAAAUCACGCCGUGGGGGGGGGACACAAGCCACGCUGGGAAGGGGACAAACCACCCGGGAUGGGGACAAAUCCACUUCGGAGGGGACCAGCCACCCUCGAGGGGGGAUAAGAUGCCCUCGGACGGGGACAAAUCGCCUUCAGAGGGGGACGAGCCACCUUUGAAGGGGGACGAGCCUCAUCCUCUGCGGCGCGGUGGUUCAGGCCAGCGUGUCCCCAUCCCUGUCCCCAUCCCUGUCCCUGUCCCCGCUCGUCCCCGCGGGGCUCCCGGCCAGCCCCCGGCGUGACGAUUCCCGGGAACAACGGCCCUAAUGAGGACGGGAAUGGGCUGUGACAGGAGCGGGGAGGGGACGGGACAGUGCGGGGCCAGGAGGGGGCCAGGGCAGGGACAGUAGGGGACACGGAGAGGGACAGGGAGGGGACUCACCCUCUGACCAGGCUCUGCUGGGAGGCGAACGGGGGAAUUUCGGCAGCUGGAAAAGGGAAAAGGAAUUUUGAAAGGGCCGCGAGGAGCUGCCGGGGGCGAAGGGAAGGGGGGGGGGGGGAGGAGGGGCCGUAAUUAACUGCGGUGGCAGCGCCAUCGAUUUUGGGUCGUUGCCGGGGAGGUCGGAGCAGGGACAGCGCCGGGGGGACACGAGGG